AGAGAGAGAGAAGCAUAGCAAACAUGGGAAGAGCUCCUUGCUGUGACAAAGCUAAUGUCAAGAGAGGUCCAUGGUCACCUGAAGAAGACACCAGACUCAAAUCUUAUAUUGAAGAGCAUGGCACUGGUGGCAACUGGAUAGCGUUGCCUCAAAAAUUAGGCCUCAAGAGGUGUGGGAAAAGCUGUCGUCUCAGGUGGCUGAAUUAUCUUCGUCCAAACAUCAAACACGGAAAUUUCUCAGAAGAAGAAGACAACAUAAUUUGCAGCCUCUAUGUUACCAUUGGAAGCAGGUGGUCUAUUAUAGCAGCGCAAUUACCAGGGCGCACGGAUAAUGACAUAAAGAACUAUUGGAACACUAAGCUAAAGAAAAAGCUACUGGGGAAGCAAAGAAAGCUGGAGCAACAAGCUCAAGCUCGCAAAGUUUUUAACCAAAAGCAACAGAUCAAGAGAGAGAGUGAAGAUUUGAUGUUACCUGUUGGAGUUACUACCCGAACUCCUUAUUGGCCUGAACAACAAUAUUCUUGGCCCAUUCCAGUGGCAAAUAAUGCUUCCAUCCAAUACUCCAAUCUCAACAACAAUAAUCAAACAUCAUCAUUCAGCAAACACUUCCCCAACAACAUAGUCACUGCCACCACCAUGAAUUCACAACACUCAUCACGUGACAUUUCCUUAACACAAAACCAGUUACAUGAUUUACACCCCUCCACAUUAAUGAACAUGAUAAGCACGGACACGUGUCACACAUCAAACGUAUUUCAAGGGUUUGUGAAACUUUCCAGUGAUUUUCCCUGUGUGAACCAGCAACAAAUAGAUGGAACAAUGCGAGUUUUUUAUGGAUUGGAAACCAUGGACAUGGCAACAAAUGGUAGCACAAACACUACUUCGACAGAAAGCACUAGUUGGGGAGACAUAAACUCUUUGGUUUACUCGCCUUUGUUGGUUUCUGACCACGAAGCUUGUCAACAAAGAAUAAUAAUGCCUCAAGAUGUCACUUUUGAGGAAUCUAGUUGCUUUGCAAUGCAAAGGCAAUAACAGCUCCUUAAAUGCCGGUUUUGCUAUAAAUUUUACCGCUAUAGCUAACAAAAACAGUAUCAAACAAAACCCUAAGGAGUUCACCUUAUAGCUUAGAAUUUUUCUCCUAUUUUUGUUGUUUUUUGUUUUGUCCGAAUUGCUUGUAACUUCAUAUAGUUGCUUAAUCAUAAAUUAUACUACACUUGUACUCU